GUGAAUUGUGUGGUUCUACUUCUUUGAUGGGUACAUUUUUUCAUCAACGAUGUGCAUGUCAUGUUCUAAAUUUAUGUGUGCAAGAUGGUCUAAAAGCUUUGGGAGCAUCGUUGGAGGUAGUCAAGGGGAGAUUAGACGUAUUUGGGGUAAUGGACAACUUAGGAAAAAAUGACAUGAUUAUUUGAUAGAAAGAGGUGAGAGAUAUGUGGCUUUUCCUAAAGAUUUGUCUAUUCGUUGGAAUAGUACCUAUAAGUUAAUUGGAGUUCUUCUUAGAUAUAAACAACAUUUUCCUGCUUUUAUGAAACAAUAUAAUAACUAUAUUAUAAACUCGGUUGAGAUCGACACCUGUGAAAAAAUUUGUAAUGCUUUGAUAUAUUUUAAUAAUGCAACUGAAACUUUUAGUCAUGUUUAUAAACCUAUCUCAAACCAAUUUAUUCGUGAAGCUGUUAAUCUCGCCGGUGCUUUUUCAAAUUUUGAGAAUGCUGAUUAUGUGAGUGAUGGAGUAUAUGGGUCUAGGCCCCAGGACCCACAUACUCAGAAGAACAGAAGGUACCAUGAUCGCUGGGUGACCUCGUCGGCCGUGCCCUCAUCGGCCAUGCCCUCAUCGGCCAGGAAAAGGUCUACUCAGAAUAUGAUCCAGAAGCCCGGAGAACCGGGUGCCCUCAUCGGCCAUGCUCUCAUCGGCCAUGCCCUCAUCGGCCAGGAAAAAGUCUACUCAGAAUAUGAUCCAGAAUCCCGGAGAACCGGGUGCCCUCAUCGGCCAUGCUCUCAUCGUCCAUGCCCUCAUCGGCCAUGCUCUCAUCGUCCAUGCCCUCAUCGGCCAGGAAAAGAUCUAUCCAGAAUAUGAUCCAGAAGCCCGGAGAACCGGGUGCCCUCAUCGGCCAUGCUCUCAUCGGCCAUGCCCUCAUCGGCCAGGAAAAGAUCUAUCCAGAAUAUGAUCCAGAAGCCCGGAGAACCGGGUGCCCUCAUCGGCCAUGCUCUCAUCGGCCAUGCCCUCAUCGGCCAGGAAAAGAAGGCCGCCCAGAAUAUGAUUCAGAAGUCAGGAGAACCGGGUGACCUCAUCGGCCAUGCCCUCAUCGGCCAUGCCCUCGUCAUCCAUAGGUAGCCUCUAGAACAGGAUUUUAUACUUAUCAUUUAUAUACACUUUGUAUCCGGCCCAUUAGUGGCCCUGUUGUAAAUGGGCCUCCCAAGCCCAAGACUUGGGAGCCCAGCCCUAAUUUUCUCUAUAAAU